AAUACUGGAUGUAACGACAUACUAAAUUGAAAGCAUUGUAAUUUUCUUUUGUACUGGAUAGAGGAUGGAUCCGUCUCGUUUAUGGAUGUACGAGGGCAGAACCAGUCAGUGGGAUUUUACUGAUGAAUGGAGAGAUAAGACCGAGCUGUUCGUGGACAGUGUGUUUACCAUCCCUACCAGACCCGCAAAAGUGAUGUGCCCUUGCGUGAAAUGCCAUAACAUACAACGAAUGGCGAAGGAUGAAAUGAGUAAACACCUCCUCAAAUUUGGGUUCACACCGAACUAAGAUCGUUGGAUUUGCCAUGGCGAGCAACCAACAAAACCAACAAAACGUGUUAGAAAGGAGUCGCAGCAGAGUCAGCUAGCGGGAGGAUUUGAUGCUGGGUUUGAGGCGUGCUUCGAUGCCUUCCUUGAUGGAAAUGCGCCUGAAAACCCUAAUGCAGAGGAGACACCACAGGAGGCACAGACAAGUGAGGAGUCGGAACAGAGCACAAAGAAGUUCUACGAGGCUAUGUUUGCUGCGCAGAAACCCCUUCAUCCACAUACAGAGGUUACCCAGUUGGAUGCCGUGGCUCGCCUAAUGGACUUCAAGUGCCAGAGUAACUUAUCCAGAGAUAAGUUUGAUGCUCUUCUGGUCGUCAUUGGUAGCAUUCUGCCGAAAGGGCACAUCUUGACCAAGAGCUUUUACGAGUCCACUAAAAUCCUCAGUUCACUGAAGAUGACAUAUGAGAAGAUAGACGCUUGUCCAAAGGGAUGCAUGCUAUUUAGAAAAGAACAUGCUACAGGAAACGAUUGCAUCCACUGCAAAUCCUUUAGGUACUUUGAGGCCGACUCUGGUGAUGGCACGAAGAGGCAGACUGGGAUUCCCCAAAAGAUCCUCCGUUAUCUUCCAUUCUUGCCGAGGCUCCAACGACUUUUCAUGACGGAGGAAUCUGCCCAACAGAUGCGAUGGCCCCUUGAGGGGGAACGAUACAAAAAAGACAAGAUGAUACAUCCGUCGGAUGGUCAAGCAUGGCAGAACUUCGCCAAGAAAUAUCCUUUGAAAGCGGGAAACCCGAGGAGUGUAGUAGUUGCGAUAUCAACCGAUGGGUUCAAUCCGUAUGGUAUGUCAGCUGCAACAUACAGUUGUUGGCCUGUGUUUGUUAUUCCCCUGAACCUCCCUCCUGGCGUCGUCAUGAGAUCCGAGAACAUGUUUGUGUCGAUGAUAAUCCCAGGGCCGAAGUAUCCAGGGAAGAACAUGAGUGUGUACCUUGAACCGCUAGUGGAUGACUUGCUUGUUGGGUGGAAUGAUCGUGGGAUGCGAACAUACGACGCCUCAACAAAGGAGCACUUCGAUAUGUUUGUCUGGUGCCACACAUCCCUGCAUGACCUACCGGCACACGCGUUGUUUUGCGGCUGGUGUACACAUGGGAAGUGGCCUUGCCCGGUGUGUAGGCAAGCUGUGACUUUCUUCUGGCUGAAGAAGGGAGGCAAGUAUUCCUGUUUUGAUGAAACCCGAAAGUUCCUUGAAGCAAAUCAUAAAUAUAGGAAUGACAAAAAGAACUUCAAGAAAGGUGUUGUUGUCCAUACUCCACAUCCACAUCUGCCGACCGGCAAAGAUACCAAGGCUGAGUUAGAAGCUCUUGUGCCGAACCCCGAUGGGAAAGGUUUCGUGUGAUACGGGGAGACAAACCAGUGGACCCACAUUCCAUGCUUAUGGAAGCUUCCUUACUUUGAAGAUCUCGAGCUUCCGCAUAACAUUGAUGUAAUGCAUACCGAAAAUAAUAUCAGCGAGGCCCUUUGGAGCACGAUUAUGGACACUGAGAAGACGAAGGAUAACAUUAAGGCUAGACUCGAUCAACAAGAAUGGUGCGAUAGGCCACAUUUGGACAUGCAGCCUCCUGGAGUCAAAGGACCUAGGUGGACUAAGCGAAAGGCCCCGUUCUGCCCUUCAAGGCCCGAAAGGAGGGAAAUAUUCUAGUGGAUUGUCGACUGCUUGUUCUUCCCUGAUGGGUAUGCAACUAACUGGAUGAGGGGAGCAAGCCUGGAGACGUUGCGAGUGCAUGGGCUCAAGAGUCAUGACUAUCACGUGUGGCUUGAGCGGAUAAUGCCGAUCAUGAUUAGAGGCUAUGUCGACGAGGAGACUUGGCUAGUGCUAGCGGAGUUGAGCUAUUUCUUCCGCCAACUUUGUGCUAAGGAGUUGGAUCGUGAAGUGGUCAAGAAGCUAGAUAAACAGGCACCCGAGCUGCUUUGCAAGCUAGAGAUGCUCCUUCCGCCAAGGUUCUUUAAUCCGAUGCAACAUAUGAUCUUGCAUCUCCCGCAGGAGGCGUUACUGGGGUCCACUGUGCAUACCCGUUGGCAGUAUGGCCCUGAGAGAGAAAAUAAGAAGCUUCGUGACCAAUGUGGCAAUAAAUGCAAGAUCGAGGCAUCCAUAGACGAGGCAACCCUUAACAAGGAGGUGUCAAACUUCACGACAAAGUACUAUGAUGAAAAAAUUCCCACUCAACACAAUCAAAUCCUUCGUUACAAUGCCGCCAACCCUGAUGAUGUACCCAAGCUUGGCAUCUUCAUAGGGCUAGGUGGCACAUCAAGAGGCAUGAAGAGGCGCAAGAUAACGAAUCCCGAAUGGGGCUUAAUCCACUCAUAUGUCUUGAAAAGCAUGGUUGAAGUGAAGCCGUACGUCGAACAAUUCACCCAAAAAUAUUGGAAGCUAAGAAGGGAUCCAACGGAACAGGAAGAAAAUGAUCUCUUUGUAAACGGUGGUGGUUACGGUUUCAUUAACUGGUUCUCGACUUUGGCAAAAAUUGACCCCGAGAUGAAACCCGAGUUGAAAAAAAUCGCCCAGGGCUUUACCUCACCCGUCAAUGCAUACGAUGCUUAUGACGUCAAUAGGUAUCGCUUCCAUACCCAUGAGUACACACAACAUCGGGCCAACCGGAAGACAACAAAUAGCGGGGUAUUAUGUGAAGGCUCGGAUGGGCUCCAUUACUAUGGUAGAGUCGAGGGUAUAUACGAGCUGAAUUAUGGUUUCGGCAAAGGGCUAAACCCUGUUGUAUUCAAGUGCCACUGGUUCGACCCACAUCGGGUGAAACGGAAACCUGAAAUUGGCUGGGUCGAAGUUGAGCGAAGCUCCAUUUAUGCGAGAGAUGAUGUAUAUAUUUUGGCUACCCAGGCCUUUCAAGUAUUCUAUCUCCCGUACCCAUGCAAAAACCCCAAAAAACGUCUGCAGGGCUGGGAUGUGUGAUCACGGUGCCGACGCACAACAGGCCUCCUAAGCCAGACCAGGACGACUACCGUCGCCUUGACCCCUCAACAUAUGAUGGCGAGUUUUUUCAGGAGGAAGGGCUCCCAGGGAAAUUCACUAUCAACUUACCGACUGAUGAUGACAUGGUCAUAGACGGUGAAGAAGACGAGGGUGUUGAGGCGGAAGACACUGUGGAUGAUGUAGUUGAGGAGGUUCAGAACGCACAAGACUUGACUUUGCUUGAUCGGUUCCAUGCAGGCCUUGACAAAGAUGAGCCAACAAAACCACCUCCAGAUUACAUUCCUGAUUAUUGGUGGGAGCUUGAUAGCGAUGAUGAAGCAUGUGGCCCGUCGGUUGUUCGUGAUGAUCUCGAAACGGGCUUCUGAAGUACUUACCAACCCUAUGUAAUAGUGAUUUGUAAAACUAGCAUAUUCGUGAGAACUCUAUGUAAUGGUGAUGGUGAGAACUCUAUGUAAUGGUGAUUGUGAGAACUCUAUUUGUGUUUUGUAUGUAUUUUAAUUAUUUGCAUUCUA